AUGGACCAGCCGUCUCCAACCUACAUGAUUGCCAACUUAGCCCCCUUGCACUCGGAACAGCUCCUGCAGGGCCUCAACCUCCUCCGCCAGCACCAUGAGCUCUGCGACAUCAUCCUGCGGGUCGGAGACGUCAAGAUCCACGCCCACAAGGUGGUGCUCGCCAGCAUCAGCCCCUACUUCAAGGCCAUGUUUGGCGGCAACCUUUCCGAGAAGGAGAACUCCGAGGUGGAGUUCCAGUGCAUCGCCGAGGCCGCCCUGCAGGCCAUUGUGGAGUACGCCUACACGGGGACAGUGUUCAUCUCACAGGACACGGUGGAGUCGCUCUUGCCCGCCGCCAACCUUCUCCAGAUCAAGCUGGUGCUGAAGGAAUGUUGCACCUUCCUGGAGAGCCAGCUGGACCCCGGGAACUGCAUUGGGAUCUCUCGCUUUGCAGAGACGUACGGCUGCCACGACCUCUACUUGGCCGCCAACAAAUACAUCUGCCAGAACUUUGAGGAUGUUUGCCAGACGGAGGAGUUCUUUGAGCUGACGCACUCUGAGCUGGACGAAAUUGUCUCCAACGACUGCUUGAACGUGGUCACGGAGGAGUCGGUCUUCUAUGCUCUGGAGUCUUGGAUCAAGUACGACGUGCAGGAGCGCCAGAAGUACCUGGCGCAGCUGCUGCAUUGCGUGCGCCUCCCCCUGCUGAGCGUGAAGUUCCUCACGAGGCUCUACGAGGCCAACCACCUCAUCCGCGACGACCACACCUGUAAGCACCUGUUGAAUGAAGCCCUGAAGUACCAUUUCAUGCCUGAACACAGGCUCUCUUAUCAGACGGUGCUCACGUCACGCCCUCGCUGUCCGCCUAAAGUCCUCUGUGCUGUGGGAGGGAAAGCCGGACUCUUUGCCUGCUUGGAAAGCGUGGAGAUGUACUUUCCCCAGAACGACUCCUGGAUAGGUCUGGCGCCCCUGCGCGUCCCUCGGUACGAGUUUGGAAUUUGCGUCCUCGACCAGAAGAUCUACGUGAUGGGGGGGAUUGCCGCCCCCACGUGUCAAGGCGUCGACUACAACAAACACGAACGGUCUGUGGAAUGCUGGGAUCCCGACACCAACACCUGGGCGCCGCUGGAGAGCAUGAACGAGGGCCGGAGCACCCUGGGGGUGGCGGUUCUGGCACGAGAGAUUUACGCCCUGGGGGGCUACGACGGGCAGUCCUACUUGCAGUCCGUGGAGAAGUACAUCCCGAGGGUGAAGGAGUGGCAGCCCGUCGCGCCCAUGAGCAAAACCAGGAGCUGUUUCUCGGCUGCUGUGUUGGACGGCAUGAUCUACGCCAUCGGCGGCUACGGCCCCGCUCAUAUGAACAGCGUGGAACGAUACGAUCCCAGCAGAGACUCGUGGGAGACGGUCGCUCCGAUGGCUGACAAACGAAUAAACUUUGGUGUCGGGGUCACGCUGGGCUUCAUUUUCGUAGUCGGAGGACACAACGGAGUCUCUCACCUAUCCAGCAUCGAGAGAUACGACCCUCACCAAAACCAGUGGACGGUUUGCCGGCCAAUGAAGGAACCCAGGACAGGAGUCGGCGCUGCCGUCAUUGACACCUACCUGUACGUUGUCGGCGGCCACUCGGGCUCCUCCUAUCUGAACACCGUUCAGAAGUACGACCCCAUCUCAGACGCCUGGCUGGACACGGCCGGCAUGAUGCACUGCCGAUGCAACUUUGGCUUGACCGCGCUUUGAAGAGGCCCCGUUGACAGACGCAACCGGCAGGAAAGAUGCCGGCAACGCAGAGACCGGAAGCCGCCUUCCUGGGAGUUGGGAGGAAGGGUGGAAGGCUUUCUUCAAAUGCAGACCGUUGACCCCUUUCCACACUGAAAAUGGUUCUGGUGGUUAUUGGUUACCAAAAAAAAGCACGGUGGGAAAAAUAAGAGAGAGAAAAUGGGGCGGUGUGUCCGGGGAGAAUCGGGCCACGCGGGGUCACGGAUGCGAGAAGCUCUGGCGUUGCCCGACUGAGCCGUAGACACUCCCUCUCUCAGAGAAUCGGGGCCUCUUCCUCCUUAGGUGACUGACUUAGUUAACCUUGCUGAAUGCGAGGGGGGUCCUUUGAGUCCCUCCCAGAAGCAGACUGUCCUUUUGAAAGGGGGUCUCUGGCUGCGUCUUUGCAUUGAGGGACCUUCCUUGCUUCACGUUUUUUUAACAAACACUUAACUAAAGGGCUGCCUUUUUUUUUUUUCUUCGACUCAAGGUUUGUAAAUGAUCAACGCCAUCGUCCCGUUUGCCGGCACUUCCUUUCUGCCUCCCCCCCUCCCCCCGUCUUU